UAUUCAGUGUGCGCCGCCUAUCCCGGGACUGUGGCUCAUAUCGAAUCAGACCAAAUGGAAUUCUGCACUGCCUUCUUAAAAGAUUCCGUACAUUUUAAUUCGCACAUACACAUAUUCCUCUGACGUUUUGCCCAGCAUACAACACACCGCUGGCGUGACCAGAAAAAGCUGCUCGGUUACAUUGAGAAUCGAGACAGCAGCAAAGACAUCCGAGAGAAAGAAUACAAAAUAGACUAUUGCACCGCUGUCAGGAGAGACACGAGGAGAGGCCCAGCCACCAUGCCGCUAUUCGGUAAAUCCCACAAGAAUCCCGCCGACAUCGUCCGAACUCUGAAGGAGAACAUGGCCAUCCUGGUCAAACAUGACAAGAAAACAGAUAAGGCAUCAGAGGAGGUGUCUAAGUGUCUUGUGGCCAUGAAGGAGAUACUAUAUGGGACCGGUGACAAGGAGCCUCACACAGAGACGGUGGCCCAGUUGGCCCAGGAGCUCUACAACAGCGGCCUGCUCAUCUCCCUGGUGGAAAACCUGCAGGUCAUCGACUUUGAGGGGAAGAAGGACGUGUGUCAGAUCUUCAACAACAUCCUGCGGCGGCAGAUCGGCACCCGCAGCCCCACCGUCGAGUACUUCUGCUCUCACCAAGAGGUGCUGUUUGUGCUGCAAAAAGGGUAUGAGACCCCUGGGUCGGCGCUGAACUGUGGCAUCAUGCUGAGGGAGUGUAUCAGACACGAGCCACUGGCCAAGCUGGUUCUCCACUCAGAACACUUCCAGGACUUCUUCAGUUACGUAGAGAUGGAGACCUUCGACAUCGCCUCAGACGCUUUCGCCACCUUCAAGGACCUGCUCACAAGACACAAGGUCCUGGUAGCUGAAUAUCUAGAACAGAAUUAUGACGCAAUCUUUGACCAGUAUGAGAAGUUAUUACACUCUGAUAACUAUGUGACAAAGAGACAGUCAUUAAAGUUGUUGGGAGAGCUUCUGUUGGACAGGCAUAACUUCACAGUGAUGACCCGGUACAUCAGCAAGCCUGAGAACCUGAAGCUGAUGAUGAACCUACUGAGGGACAAGAGCCCUAACAUACAAUUUGAGGCCUUCCACGUCUUCAAGGUGUUUGUGGCGAACCCCAACAAGACGCAGCCCAUCAUAGACAUCCUGCUGAAGAACCAGCCCAAACUCAUCGACUUCCUUAGCAACUUCCAGAAGGACCGCAUGGACGACGAGCAAUUCAACGACGAGAAGACCUACCUAAUCAAACAGAUCCGAGACCUAAAGAAACCMGCCUCUUAAAACCUUACCCCCAUUCGUCCCCAAAACCCUUCCCCUUAGYUAUGACCUUUACCCUAACCUUUACUUUUUAUUGUCGACAAAAAUACAUUGACAAUAAUGAUUCAAUUUCUUAAUAUCGAAGACAUUAUUGUGUCUUUUUCUUGGUUCCUUAAACUUUGCAGAGAAUAGUUCUUAAUCACAGAUUUYUUUUCAUUGUUUUUACUUUUAAAUGAACCCUUUUAUUAUUAGUGUAGUGUUCCAAAACGGGAAGGGGAUUUCCUCUCUUGGGGGGAACCAAUGGUUAGAGACCUCUAGGUGAUUGGCUGAGUGAGCUGUGGAGACCACUGGUCAUCACUUUAAUUGCGCAAAUAUUAUUUGGAAAAUGUUCUCUUCUUUUCAUUGCCACUUGCAGGCACGAGCCAUCUAGAUAGUUCUGACUUCUAAUACUCUCCUAAUCUAACCACAGUACAACUGAAGUAUCCAGAAUCAUAGAAGGAAUUGCUAUUUCUCUAUUAGAGGAUCUAAAUGGUAUUCUCAAAUGUUUCGUAAAACUCCUCUUCAGACUCCCUGCUAGUCUUACUCCUGUGGUUGUACUUCCACUAUUUACACUUAAGUUAUGUUUCAACGCUGUAGUAGGUCCUCUGACAUGACAACUCUAAAUGUGAUCUUACAAGGAACAUAUUAGAUGUCUGGUGAUCARCAGGGCCAUUMUUUUACUGCUAACCUUCGUAUAGAAUAUGACUUAUCAAUAGUUUUGAUAAUUGAUUCUCCACAGAUGGCUGGUAGCAUUUUCUGUAUCAUUCAACGCUAAAGGAUGUAUUCCUUUUUGGUUUAUUUUAAGCUGAUGAAGUAGUUUCCUGUUCAACAGGAUUCUAUCAUGAUGAUUAAAAAAAGUUUGUCUUGUGUAUAAAAGCUGGUUUUAACCCAUAAGUGAGUGCCAUUGCGGGUGACAGAAAAAUCCUCAGAUUUUUUUUCUGUACGAAAGUGAUUUCUUUUAACUUGUUUUCUUAUUUAGAUGGUGAAGGGGGAUGGUUGGUGGAACACAUUAACAGUAGGGGUACAUACAGAGGUGCCUUUGUUUUUCCUUUUUUUGUAUUUUAAAUACUUUUCUAGGCGGAGCUUAAUUCUUAUUUAGAAAAAUAUGGUCUGGUUGAACAUAUUAGUCGUGAUUUAAGCAAUGAACCUUGAACUCACUAUAUUUGAGUUGUGCAGUUGAAGGAAUAUUUUACUUUGAGAACUUGUUGCAGUUCAUUGAUCGCAUCAUAAAACUAGGAACGAGGAGGCCAGGACUAUGAUUGUCCAGGAAAGUUAACAUACCAGUAAACUGGAUAAGGUAGAAGCAUCUUGCUCUUUUUUUAUGUAGCUUGUUUUGGGGAAAUCUAAAUUAAAACUUAAGACAAAUUGAGCCAAUGCAUAUUUUAAUCGUGGUGUUUGAAUUUGUAAGUUACGAUCACAUCUAAAUUGAAAAUAUGAACUAAUUAAUAUGGCUCUUCAAUGUAAUAUUGAAUAAUAAAUGUGAUGGGCACCAUGCCACGGACAAGUGAUUGUUCUUUAAAUUGCAAUUGGUAGAUUGGACUUGACACACACAAGGGAUAGUAACCUCAAUGCCCUUGUCGUUUUGGUGAAACUCAGUCGUUCUAUAUCUGGUGCUAACAUGCAAUAUUGAUCUUGACCACAUUUCUAGACCAGUGUAGACAAUUAAUUGUGAACAGAUCUUCCUGACCCUCUCGAGGUAGCCGGGGACAAAUUGAUUGGUUGGAUGAAAGUUCAGUGGGCAGAGCUUAGAGUGACAUGUCAGUGGGUGGAGUUUACAAGUAAAGACAAGUGUUUCAGGGAGGUGGAGUGCUUGUGGGAGGGUGUUAAACAGGUUGCGACAGAUGGUGUUGCCAGUUUGAAUCCCAAUGCGGCUUUUGUUUUCCAACCUAAAAUGUUUUAGUACAUAUCUGACAUACUAAAACGACGAAAGGAAUGAACAGCUUUAUAAAAUGUACAAGAACAAUAAUGAUGCCCUCCCUCCCACUGGUGCUGUGGACUAGGACCACAAGGUCACAGGUUCAAGUCUUGCCAUGCCAAUGACCUUUCUCAAAAGUGAUAUUUUGAACCCUAGUCCCUCCCUGUAUUCAAAUUAUGAGAUUCCCAAUGUUAAGACAUAUUGAUCCCUUGAAUCAAUGAUUUUAGAGGGACUAUUUAAAAUAGUUUGACAAUCCAGAUGUUUACACUUGUAAGAUAUCAAGAUACAAUUAGUCCUCGAUGACCUCUGGAGGUAGGAAGAAUCAUCAAUAAUUGUAAUAUUCUACACAGGUCUAGAAAUGGUCACAAUCAGAAUAUGGACAAUAUCAAGACACAGGACCCAUGUUAACACCAGGUAUAAACGGGGCUUCGAAUGGCAUAAACUGUGACGUUGUUGGAUUCAAAUAAGAGACUUAAAAGAUUCAGGCUGUAUCAGUAGGAACUUACACCCAAGCCAAAACAGAUUUACUUAACAUACUGUACUAAAGUAAUAUUGACGCUUUUCAACCAUGGGAUUUCAUUUUAAAAAAAAAUUAAAUCACAUUGAUACUACUGUACCACAACACCAAUAAAAGAAAUGCAUACAUUGUU